GUAAACAAAUCGGAACAGGGUAACUUUACUGGGCUACCUCUAUAAGCAUACAAACAACUGACUUUUGUUCAUUAAGGUACAGUAAUAGGAGUCAUAACAUAUAGGCUACCAUAUGACUAGUGGAAUUACGCGAUUCACAUAGAGAGGGAGAAAGAGACGCACAUGAUCAUUGGUUGAAUACUAUUCGGCGGUCUGUUGCCAGACGUGGGCAUAGUCACUACACUAGUCUAUGGAUCUUAUGGCUGGAUGCGAUUAUCAGUUGCAUCCGUGGAUUUAGUAGUGAACCAGUCAUAGGAAGAACAACAAGGAAUCUACACCGACUGAAGACGUUCUGUGAACUAUCUCGACUGCGUGCAACUCCUGUGUAAAGAAGAAGAAGCAGCAUUGGAAGACCCCCUAGCAGCAGACACCGUUGAGUUAAAGCUUCUGCCUGGCUGCCCACCACCACCAUGGCUGAGAGUCGAAGGGAAGCCCUGGCAGCGGCCCCGAUGUCCACCACUGCCUCCACGGUCGGUGCCAACGCUACCGACAUCUCUGGCACUGGAUCCAGCGAGGACUUCUCCAAGCUCAAGGACAAGUUCAUGAAUGAGCUCAACAAAAUCCCACUGCCAAAUUGGGCCAUCGUCUCCAUCGCCUUCGUGGCCGUGGUCCUGGUCCUCUCCUGCUGCUUCUGCAUCUGCAAGAAGUGGAUAUUCAAGAAGAAGAACAAAAAGAAGGGCAAAGACAAGGGCAAGAAUGCCAUCAACAUGAUGGACGUGAACGACGGUGCAAAAACCGAGGCCUUGAAGGAUGAGGAUGACGCUGAGACAGGCCUGACCGAUACAGAGAAAGAGCCCGAGCCCAAGGAGGAAGAGAAACUGGGAAAAUUACAGUUCAGCCUGGAUUACAAUUUCACCGAGAAUACGCUCAUAGUAGGGAUCAUCCAAGCAGCGGACCUUCCAGCCAUGGACAUGGGCGGUACCUCGGACCCUUAUGUCAAGGUCUACCUGCUACCUGACAAGAAGAAGAAGUUUGAGACCAAGGUCCACAGGAAGACCCUAAACCCCACCUUCAACGAGCAGUUCCAAUUCAAGGUGCCCUACGUCGAGCUGGGAGGCAAGACGCUGAUGAUGACGGUGUAUGACUUUGACCGCUUCUCCAAGCACGAUGCCAUCGGAGACGUGAAGCUGCCCAUGAACAAGAUUGACUUUAGUCACGUGACAGAGGAGUGGCGGGAUCUUGUGAGCGCCGAGAAGGAGGAGCAAGAGAAGCUGGGUGAUAUCUGCUUCUCCCUGCGAUACGUGCCCACCGCCGGCAAGCUGACCGUGGUCAUCCUGGAGGCCAAGAACCUGAAGAAGAUGGACGUGGGAGGCUUGUCAGAUCCCUACGUGAAGAUCCACCUGAUGCAGAAUGGGAAGAGGCUGAAGAAGAAGAAGACGACAAUCAAGAAGAACACCCUCAACCCUUAUUACAACGAGUCCUUCAGCUUUGAAGUGCCAUUCGAACAAAUCCAGAAAGUUCAAGUUGUUGUAACUGUUCUGGACUAUGACAAGAUCGGCAAGAACGAUGCCAUCGGCAAGGUCUUUGUGGGCCUCAACAGCUCGGGGACGGAGCUGCGCCACUGGUCGGAUAUGCUGGCCAACCCCAGGAGACCCAUCGCCCAGUGGCACGUGCUGAAGGUGGAGGAGGAGGUGGAUGCUCAGCUCUCCACAAAAAAAUAGGCAGGGCCCUUUCAGCACCUGCCCCAUAGUGCUCUUUAGCCAGUAUGUGUAAAUACCUCAGUGAUAUAUGGGUCCAUCCACCGUCAAACCAAUCCAGCCAACACCCAUCCUUCCCACCAACUCCAUACUACUUGUCUUAUCGCCUUCUUUUGUAAUUGUCAAUGGUUCUUUCAAAACCCCUAGGCCCUGACGUUCAGAUUUGUGUUUCUAUUUGUCAGGUUGGGAGUCCCCGCCCCUGACUAUGUUGUUCAUCUCUAUGCCCUGAUUCCCCCUAACCAAAUUCCCCCUUCUUUUAAGCAAUAUGAUCUGUAUAGAUAGCGCAUGACUGAAAGACAUUUAUUGUACCACAGUUGUAUAUAUCAGUCUGCAGACAAAAAUUAUUUCUAGUUUAUGUUGGUAUGUUGUUACCUGUUUCCUAAUCUAUGUAUAUCUGGAUGUUUUUAAUAAGAUGUUCUAUUUUAAAUUAUGUAAAUGCAGAUAUAGGAGAGACAAUAUUAUAUAUUACAGGAUAAAACAUUUUGACCUUAUUGCAUUCCAGAGGAAGAAGAAAGCAAUUCCAACCUGUAAGAUGCUAGUGGAAGUAUAGUCACAUUGUAAAGGACGGUGUCUGGCUUUAUGUUUACUAAUGAACCAUUGCAGAAAAAAGUUGAAAUACACAGAAAACUAGGCCGUUAACUACUAUGGUUUCAUGGGAAAAUAUAUGCUGCUGGAUAGUAUACAAGCACAUAGUUUCUUAUACGCCUUUUUAUACACAUUUCUCCAUCAGAGGACCUAUUUGUUUUGCUUGAAACACAAUGUUUUGGAGGAUCUCUCAAAUCGAUGCAAACCGGUUAGCCUUUUUCCUUUUCCUCAAGCAGGACAUCACCUUGUGACACAGUCAGUUACUUUUAAGUGAACUAGGUCCUCAUUUGAUAGGCCAUUUUUUUCAUUCAAUUAUUUAUUUACUUACUUUUUACAGACCGGUCCUCUUAAACCCAAAUGACUAUUCCGCCAAACCCCCUCGGAAACUGACCCCAUAUGAAAUAGAAUCAAGCAGUAGCCAUUGUGUCCUUAAGCUUGUUGAACAAUAUUUACUUUCUAUAGCCUACUUUCAAUAGCCUUAUUGUUGGAAAUGGAUUAUGUUCAGGACAUUGGAGUCUCAAGUUCUCCAUAGAUGGAAUAAAGAGUUUAGACUCUAAGCUUUUAGAUGACUAUUUUUUAGAUAAAUUCAGCGGAUUUUUUUGUAAACUGCAUGAUUUUUUAAACAAUAUUUGCUAAAGGCUGGGAUGGGGGGGAGAUCUACCAACACCAUGGGGCUGUCUCUUAUGAUAGCAUUCCCUUGCCUUCAAUCUAUUUAAUCUAGAUUAAAGCUGAAGUGAGUGAUUUGAUGGGUCAGUAUAUGAUUUACAUAUUGACUGGAGGUAAAGUGAGUUUCUAAACACUGCCAUUUUCAGGGAGGUGACACAUGUAUACUAACCUUCUAUACUAACCUUCUCUCCAUGCACACUCCCACUAGGUAGUGGUCGUAGCUUUGGUUUAUCGGGAACAAUGUAUUUGGCUCCACAUGGUGCCCUAAAUAGCAGUCUUUGCUUUGUGUUGCCUUCUCACAGUGGCAAUAGAGCUAGCCAUGUUAUACUGCCAAUCUUACUUUCUAUACGGCUACUGUUUUGCACUGUAUGUCUUUUAACCGGCAAUAGCUUGUUGACUUCUUUACACUAUGUUGACGGGCCUUAUUUAAGGACGCUCAAUGCGCAGGGGAGCUUCUGUCCAGGAGUCCGACUGGUUCUUGGUAUUUACUUAAAGGAACAGUACAUGAAAGCAACAACCAUAUACUGUAUCUCUUCGUUGAGUAAACCGUAGUUAGCCAGUUUUCUAUUGUUGGCUCUUAGUACAACACCAAGAGAACAAUGGGAUAUAAACAAUAACUGUAAAAGUUAAUGGUCUGCAUAGGUGAUAAUAUUUGUUUAUAUGUCCUUUACUACGGGUCCAAUAAGAGGAAUAAGUAAGACGUUUGGAUCCAUGAAAUCCAUGAAGUCUCUUAUCUUGGAGGAAUCUCCAUGCAUAUACUGGAUGCUAGCUUCAGGAGUAGUUUCUAAAUGUUUUCAAUGUUAUUGUGUAGUUGAUAGCACUAUUAUGAAAAAGCUAUUUGUCAUUCCAUAGGCGUCUCUGAGGACAGCUUUGUGUAUCACUGUGACUGCCGUGCGUGCUUAGAGGUGUAGACUUUAUCAAUAGCGACAAGUUUGUUCUGUAGUGACGUUGUACUGCCAUAUUUCCCUUCCACAUGCUGAGAGAGUGCGUGGCAUCGUCAGUUCUAAUAACUGUGCAGUGGCUGGUUGGUUGAUUGACAGGGCUACACACAGGAGUUAUAGAACGUUUUAUGGGAGAGCGAGAGUGGUGGGAUUCACACAGCAUUUCAUUGAGCACUGUGCAAUACUUGUAUGUCCAUCCCAUAGUGUUGUGUGGGUUGUGUUUGCCCAAGAAAAAAUGAAUAUUUAAAGUUGACUCCUAUCAAGUCAGACGUAUUCCUCUCCAGUGAGAUGGUUAGGACACAGCACAUGUAGAUUCUGUGGUGGUUGGAGUCUGACAUCUAAAAUCCUUCUGUUAAGGGUUCCCUUCUAUCCAGUUAAGUUUUUUCUUGCACACAGAUCCAGCAUCAGAAAUUUCAGGACAUAUUGGGAUUGGGAAAUACCAAAAUGUCACACACACACACACACACACACACACACACACACACACACACACACACACACACACACACACACACACACACACACACACACACACACACGUAAACAUUUUUAAAUGACCCCUCACCCUCUGAAAGUACAUAUGUACAUAUUUUCAUCAUUUUCCAAAAAGUAAUUUAUUUAUCAUAUUGAAAUGGUCAUGAUUAUUACUGAAACGUAUCACAUCCUGUCAUGAUAACUUCAUCCAUCAUUGUAUCAACCUGAUCUACUAUACUAUAUCUAAUUAUGAUUAUUUUUUAUGAAUAAGUUAUGUUUACAACCCUGUUGAAAAUACUUUUAUAUUUGAAAUGGAAACUCUGAAUGUACAGUAUGUGUGUUUGUGGUGAUUAACUGUGAGAUUAGUAGUUGGUACUUUUCUUUCAUUGUUGCAAAAAUAUGUUGAUUUGUGUGUGUUUUAAUUUAUUUAUUUAAAUACCCUUUUGGGUAGACCUUCCCCAGAUAAAUAAUACAUUCCAGAAACGUUGAACAUACAUUUAGUCACAGCAGUAUGUGCCCUAAUGAAUUACAUUCCCUCUUGAACUAUAUAUUUUUUCAUUUAACAUAUUUAUUAUGCAUCCCUUAAAUCAUGAAUUACAAAAAACGAUAAAACGUAGGCUCAGUAUUUGAACGGAAUGAGCAGAUCCAUAGGGGUAUGACUAAAUCACUAAAGAAAGGCUGUAAUCACAAUUUAAAGGGGAAGGAAAUCAAAAUGCUUCAACAAAAGAAAAGGAAAGCGUCAAACGCUUGAGGGGCGGACAUUACAGAAAGAAGCAGCAUUACAGGAUCAGAUUGUGAGGUGUGUAACUUACUGUACCACAAGAAAAGCCACUAGCUGCAAUGUCAUGCUACUCUUACUGGUCCCCCCUACUAAAUCAUGGAAGCAAAACCCCUCACAUCCUAUUCAAGAAAAGCCCAUACAUCUCACUGUGUGACCGGAAACAUACAAGAUUCUCUAAAAUGACGACAACAAAAAGCCACUCUAACCUUUCAAGAUGAAGCUGUGUAAAGUAUUAGAGUCUGAUGCUGUAGAAAUAUCCUAGUUGCCUUUGUGUAUAUCAACUGCCUGCUUGAGUAUUUUCUGUGUUGACAUUUUCUCUGUAAUCUUGUAGAACUGUUUGGGCUGUUUUUCCUGCCAUAUCGCUCGCGGUGACAGCGAGCUGACAGUUACUGUAUAUUGCUGUGUAUACCUUCAUUUUUGAUGAGGUGUUUUACAGUUUUGUUUCACUUUGUGUGGUGAUUCACUCUGUGGAGUUUUUUGACUGUUGUUAUAUAACUUCAUAUACACAAAUGAUCAAUAAAAAUGUUUUAUUUCCUGUUGAUACAGAA